CGCGCACCGCUGGGAGAGCGACUCGGGGCCCCUGCUCUCCGCGCCGCAGUUCGGAAGAGAGUGGGUCGCCGCCGCCCGAGGGCGAGAGCGCGAGCGGAGCGGGAGGAAGGAGCGCUCGCUCGCCCGCCGCCUCGCUGCCUCCCCGGCGCUCGCUCUGCCGGCUCCUAGGUUUGCCGGCUGCUCCUCCCACCCGCGCCCGCCUCCUCGCUCGCUCGCUCGCUCGCUCGCUCGCUCCAGCCGGUUUCCGAGCCCCGCGGUGAGCCCGGGCGAGUGCGGGGCGAGGGACCCCGGGGCCGGCGCCGAGCAGGGGGCGGGGGUCCGGGCAGAGCGCAGCCGGCCGGGGAGGGGCCAUGUCCGGCGCGGGCGCAGCGGGACCCGUCUGCAGCAAGUGACCGAGCGGCGUGGACGGCCGCCUGCCCCCCUCCGCCACCUGGGGCGGCGCGGGCCCCGGUGCCGGGUGCCCGGAGCCCGGGUCGCGCGUAGAGCCGGCGCGAUGCACGUGCGCUCGCUGCGCGCCGCGGCGCCCCACAGCUUCGUGGCGCUCUGGGCGCCCCUGUUCCUGCUGCGCUCCGCCCUGGCCGACUUCAGCCUGGACAACGAGGUGCACUCGAGCUUCAUCCACCGGCGCCUCCGCAGCCAGGAGCGGCGGGAGAUGCAGCGCGAGAUCCUCUCUAUCUUGGGCUUGCCCCAUCGCCCGCGCCCCCACCUCCAGGGCAAGCACAACUCGGCGCCCAUGUUCAUGCUGGACCUGUACAACGCCAUGGCGGUGGAGGAGGGCGGCGGGCCCGACGGCCAGGGCUUCUCCUACCCCUACAAGGCCGUCUUCAGUACCCAGGGCCCCCCUCUGGCCAGCCUGCAAGAUAGCCGCUUCCUCACCGACGCCGACAUGGUCAUGAGCUUCGUCAACCUCGUGGAGCACGACAAAGAGUUCUUCCACCCACGUUACCACCACCGGGAGUUCCGGUUUGAUCUUUCCAAGAUCCCAGAAGGGGAAGCCGUGACCGCAGCCGAAUUCCGGAUCUACAAGGACUACAUCCGGGAACGCUUCGAUAAUGAGACGUUCCGGAUCAGCGUUUACCAGGUGCUACAGGAGCGCUUGGGCAGGGAGUCAGACCUGUUCCUGCUGGACAGCCGCACGCUCUGGGCCUCGGAGGAGGGCUGGCUGGUGUUCGACAUCACGGCCACCAGCAACCACUGGGUGGUCAACCCACGACACAAUCUGGGCCUGCAGCUCUGCGUGGAGACCUUGGACGGGCAGAGCAUCAACCCCAAGUUGGCGGGCCUGAUCGGGAGGCACGGGCCCCAGAACAAGCAGCCCUUCAUGGUGGCCUUCUUCAAGGCCACGGAGGUCCACCUUCGCAGCACCCGCUCCACGGGGGGCAAGCAACGCAGCCAGAAUCGCUCCAAGACGCCCAAGAACCAGGAAGCCCUGCGGGUGACCAAUGUCGCAGAAAACAGCAGCAGUGACCAGAGGCAGGCCUGUAAGAAGCACGAGCUGUACGUCAGCUUCCGAGACCUGGGCUGGCAGGACUGGAUCAUCGCUCCCGAAGGCUAUGCUGCUUACUACUGCGAGGGGGAGUGUGCCUUCCCUCUGAACUCCUACAUGAACGCCACCAACCACGCCAUCGUGCAGACGCUGGUCCACUUCAUCAACCCGGAGACAGUGCCCAAGCCGUGCUGUGCCCCCACGCAGCUCAACGCCAUCUCGGUGCUCUACUUUGACGACAGCUCCAAUGUCAUCCUGAAGAAAUACAGAAACAUGGUCGUCCGGGCCUGUGGCUGCCACUAGGCCCUCCCGGAACUCAGAUCCUCGGGGGCCACGUUCUUUUGGGAUCCUCGGCCUCCCGCCACCCCCUGCCUUGGCAAGGCACCAGCAGACCCGCCGCCCCUCGAGAGGCCUGUCCCGCCGCCGUCCCCAACCUUAACGGUGUAGGCGUAUCAAGGAAUUUGGGAGGUGAAUGCCUUUUGAUCAGGUUUUCACCGGCCUCCUAUGGACAAGAUCCUACAAGCUGCUGCAGACAAAGCCUGAAGGAAAACAGUACAUAUAGAAAGAAAAAUUGCCCGGCCGCGAUCAUUGGCUGUGAACUCUCUGCCGUGCACUGACUCGUUCCCAGGGGUAAUUAGGAGCGCCCUUCAGCCAGGCCCCCCAGCAGCGGGAGGAAGGGGGUGCGGCGAGGGGUGGGCGCGUUGUGUCUGUGCGCAAGGAGAGUUAACACAGAAGUUCCUGUAAUAAAUGUCACAAUAAAACGAAUGAACGAAAAUGGU